AUGGGGGAAAAUGUUAGGAAGGUAAGUAGUCUGGGCGGCGAACUUUGGAGGAUUCUGCGGGACAAAGUCAACUUUGAGGACAGCACCACGGAACCACAGAUGAAUCCGUAUGGACAGCCGCACUACCCGGUAUACCCCGGAUACCCAGCAUACACCCAAUACCUCCCGUACCCCCAACAACCGCCCCCAUAUGCGGUUUCGGUGGCAUACCACCAGCCACCUCAACCCCAUCCCCAACCCCAACCCCACUUCCCUGCACCCCUUCCACCGCCACCGCCGCAGGGGGGAGGACUUCAGCAAGGGAGUCAAAGCCGGAGGCGCCGCCGCUCACAUGCGGCCAUUCGCAAGGCUAAGGAAGCCAAGUUUAAGACUGCAAUAGUAGACGCAGUAAAAGAAGCGUUGAAGGGCGACAAUCUUAUGAGCGAGCCCAUGGAAAAAUUGGCUAUAUAG